AAUUGUUGGCUUAAGAUUACAAAACGUCUAUGACAUAAAUCCGAAAACUUAUUUAUUUAAAUUUUCAAAGCCGGAUAGGAAGGAACUUGUGUUAAUUGAAUCGGGGAACAGGAUUCAUACGACACAAUUUUCUCGGGAUAAAUCGAUUACUCCUUCACCUUUUUGUAUAAAGCUACGAAAGCAUAUUAGAACACGAAGACUAACUGAUGUCAGACAAUUGGGUGUUGAUAGGAUCAUUGACUUUGAAUUUGCCGGCGUUGGUGAAGGCACAACGUACCAUAUUAUAGCAGAGUUUUAUGCUUCAGGAAAUAUAAUCUUUACAGAUCAUGAAUAUACAAUAUUAUCAUUAUUACGUGUCGUUCAAUCUAAAGAAAAUGAAAAGAUUGCCGUUGGCCAAAUAUACAAUGUCAAUGCUGUAUCUCGUGUAGGCGAUCCUGUAACGAGAUUUCGUUUACGGGAUGUACUGAUUGAUCAAACUUCCAAAGAUUCGCUAAAAAAAGUGUUAAAUGCUAAGUUGAGUUACGGUCAGUCAUUGACUGAGCAUGCCAUUCGCUUCGCAAAUCUGGAUCCGAAUAUGAAAGUCGGAACAGUUGACAAAUCUGAAGAUUCAUCGCAUUUAAGUGCUUUAGAAGCUGGUUUCUCUGAAGGAUAUAUAAUUAUGUUAAAACAUUCACAAAAUGAUGAAUGUGAAGUUGAAGAUAAUGUAACAACUUAUGAUGAGUUUCAUCCUUUUCUUUUCGAACAACAUAAAUUGAAACCCUACAAAGAAUUUGAUUCAUUUGAUUUGGCCGUCGAUGAGUACUACUCAUCUAUGGAAAGCCAAAAAUUAUUAUUAAAAGAGAGAAACCAGGAGAAAGCUGCACUGAAAAAGUUGGAAGCCAUUAAAAAAGAGCAAUAUUCUAGAGUGGAAAAUUUGCAAAGUGCACAGGAGAUUAACAUGCGUAAAGCUAGAUUAAUCGAGUCAAACGUCGAUAUAGUAGAUCAGGCUAUUAUAGUAAUAAGAAACGCUAUUGCUAGUUCAAUGGAUUGGAAAGAUCUUGAAAACCUAGUUAUGGAAGAAAAAAAAAAAGGGAAUCCAAUAGCUGCUAUAAUUGCGGGAUUGAAGCUUGAAAUGAAUCAGAUUACAUUGUUAUUAAAGGAGUCAGAAGAAAUAGAUGAGACUUUUUAUGAUUCUUCAGAUGAAGAAUCUGAAGGAGAGCGGAACAAUAUGCAAGAGACAGUACAAGAUAAAGUUGAUGUUGAUAUAUACUUAUCUGCAUAUGCUAAUGCGAGGAAAUUCUAUGAUGUAAAAAAGCAGUCCAUGAUUAAACAAGCAAAGACUUUAGCUGUUGCUGAUAAAGCAUUUAAAAGCGCCGAACAAAAAAUUAAACAAGACCUUAAAGAAACAAAAACAACCGCAUCCAUAAAUAAGAUUCGCAAGCCUUUUUGGUUUGAAAAAUUUUUAUGGUUUGUCUCAUCCGAAAAUUAUCUUGUCAUCGCUGGGCGUGACAUGCAACAAAAUGAAUUGUUGGUUAAACGAUAUCUUCGUAAAGGCGAUUUGUACGUCCACGCCGAUUUGCACGGUGCUGCUUCAGUUGUUAUUAAGAAUCCUAAUGACAGUCAGCCGGUGCCUCCGAGCACACUUUUUCAAGCUGGAACUAUGUCUGUCUGCCAAAGUAAAGCCUGGGAAGCGAAGAUAGUUACUAGCGCGUAUUGGGUCCACGCGGAUCAAGUAUCUAAAACCGCCCCGAGUGGGGAAUACCUUACAACUGGUUCUUUUAUGAUUCGUGGUAAAAAGAACUUUCUACCACCUGUACAAUUGGUAUAUGGUCUUGGCUUAUUUUUCAAAGUGGAUGAACAAAGCAUUGCAAAUCAUUUGCAUGAACGGCGUCCACUAAAGGCUGAAGAAUCAAGUGAAAUAGAAAAAUCAGUGAAUCCAAAUAAUAAUAUUAAAGAGCUUUGCCUUGAUGAUAAUAGUACUGAUAGUGAACCAGAAGGCGUGGCUGAAACAGAUGUUCAAACAACCAAAAUAGAAAGUAUUGAAGAGGCAAAGUUGAAUGAAAGUGAAGAUGAGAGUUACUACAAUGAAGAAGAAACGCAAGAACAGGCAUUAAAUCAACAAUUAGAUUUAAGUGAAAAAUUGCAGAGUUCUAUGAAACUCGAUAUCCCAGCUUGGGAUAAGUAUAAUCUGGAUGAGUAUGGUGAAGAUAAAGAUGCUGAAGAGGAUAUCAAUCAAGGAAGCAGUGAUAAAUCGAAAAAGAAAUAUAUAUCUGUGAAAGAAAGGCGAAUGCUAAAAAAGCAAAAACAAGAUGCUAUUGGGGAUAAAGAUUUUAAACCUCUUGUACCGUCUGCCUCUGAUUCACCUGGAGAUUUAGUAUCACAAAAAGGAUCAAAUGUUUCUGGGAAAGGAAAGCAAACAAAAUCAGUACAAACACCUCGUGGCAAAAAAGGAAAAUUGAAAAAAUUGAAGGACAAGUAUGCUGACCAAGAUGAAGAUGAAAGAUCCUUACGCAUGGAGUUGCUUGGUUCAAGUAAAACACCUCAAGUCAAAGGCAAGAAAGGGAAAAAGGAAACGCAGAAUCAAACAGUUUCUAAACAAACUACAAGUAAUUUGAAAGAGAAUUCAAUUGACUUGAACAAAUCUCAAAACGAUACGCAAGAAGAUCCAACAUCUCAAAAUCAGGAAGCGGAACUUGAAGAGCUUGACGAAAAUUUGAUUUCAGGAAUUAAAAAUGAAGAAGCCGAAGAGAUUCGUCAACUUUUGAAGGAAGAAAAUAUUACACUUUUGGAAUCUGAUGCAAUAGAGAAUUUGACUGUUCUCGAUACUUUGACUGGAAUGCCGUUACCGGAAGACAACCUAUUAUUUGCUGUCCCAGUAUGUGCGCCUUACACAGCUUUGCAGAAAUUCAAGUACAAAGUUAAGUUGACACCGGGAUCGAUGAAAAAAGGGAAAGCUUGCAAAACCGCUACCACAUUUUUCCUAAAUGAUCCGACUAUGACACCACGCGAAAAAGAACUAGUCAAGAGUAUUCCUGAUAUGGAAAUGAUAUCAGUAAUGUUGGGCAAAAGUAAAGUAUCUGCACCAAAUAUUGAGCAAUCUAAAAAAACGGCGAAAAGACGUAAAGCAACAAAUAAGGAGGUUUAA